AUGUUAAAUCUUCAAAUUAUUGGCAUUUUUACCAUCUUUCAUGAGCAUAUCAAUUGCUUUCAUUUCCUAACUUCGGUCCUCUCUCUCUCUCAUAUUAGAUCGCUUCGGUUUUCCCUUCUCUCUUUUUUCUCAUUAAGUCGUUUCGAUUUUCCCUUCGUUCUCUCUCUCUGUCUCAUUACCUCGUUUCAGGUUCUCUCUCUCUCUGUCUCAUUACCUCGUUUCAGGUUCUCUCUCUCUCUCUGUCUCAUUACCUCGUUUCAGGUUCUCUCUCUCUCUGUCUCAUUACCUCGUUUCAGGUUCUCUCUCUCUCUGUCUCAUUACCUCGUUUCAGGUUCUCUCUCUCUCUCUGUCUCAUUACCUCGUUUCAGGUUCUCUCUCUCUCUCUGUCUCAUUACCUCGUUUCAGGUUCUCUCUCUCUCUGUCUCAUUACCUCGUUUCAGGUUCUCUCUCUCUCUCUGUCUCAUUACCUCGUUUCAGGUUCUCUCUCUCUCUCUCUGUCUCAUUACCUCGUUUCAGGUUCUCUCUCUCUCUCUCUGUCUCAUUACCUCGUUUCAGGUUCUCUCUGUCUCAUUACCUCAUUUCAGGUUCUCUCUGUCUCAUUACCUCGUUUCAGGUUCUCUCUGUCUCAUUACCUCGUUUCAGGUUCUCUCUGUCUCAUUACCUCGUUUCAGGUUCUCUCUGUCUCAUUUUACCUCGUUUCGCGUCUUCUCUCUGUCUCAUUUUACCUCGUUUCGCGUCUUCUCUCUGUCUCAUAUUACCUCGUUUCGCGUCUUCUCUCUCUGUCUCUCAUUACCUCGUUUCGCGUCUUCUCUCUCUGUCUCUCAUUACCUCGUUUCGCGUCUUCUCUCUCUGUCUCUCAUUACCUCGUUUCGCGUCUUCUCUCUCUGUCUCUCAUUACCUCGUUUCGCGUCUUCUCUCUGUCUCUCAUUACCUCGUUUCGCGUCUUCUCUCUCUGUCUCUCAUUACCUCGUUUCGCGUCUUCUCUCUCUGUCUCUCAUUACCUCGUUUCGCGUCUUCUCUCUCUGUCUCUCAUUACCUCGUUUCGCGUCUUCUCUCUCUGUCUCUCAUUACCUCGUUUCGCGUCUUCUCUCUCUCUCUCAUUACCUCGUUUCGCGUCUUCUCUCUCUGUCUCUCAUUACCUCGUUUCGCGUCUUCUCUCUCUGUCUCUCAUUACCUCGUUUCGCGUCUUCUCUCUCUGUCUCUCAUUACCUCGUUUCGCGUCUUCUCUCUCUGUCUCUCAUUACCUCGUUUCGCGUCUUCUCUCUCUGUCUCUCAUUACCUCGUUUCGCGUCUUCUCUCUCUGUCUCUCAUUACCUCGUUUCGCGUCUUUCUCUCUGUCUCUCAUUACCUCGUUUCGCGUCUUCUCUCUCUGUCUCUCAUUACCUCGUUUCGCGUCUUCUCUCUCUGUCUCUCAUUACCUCGUUUCGCCUCUUCUCUCUCUGUCUCUCAUUACCUCGUUUCGCGUCUUCUCUCUCUGUCUCUCAUUACCUCGUUUCGCCUCUUCUCUCUCUGUCUCUCAUUACCUCGUUUCGCCUCUUCUCUCUCUGUCUCUCAUUACCUCGUUUCGCCUCUUCUCUCUCUGUCUCUCAUUACCUCGUUUCGCCUCUUCUCUCUCUGUCUCUCAUUACCUCGUUUCGCCUCUUCUCUCUCUCUCUCUCAUUACCUCGUUUCGCCUCUUCUCUCUCUGUCUCUCAUUACCUCGUUUCGCCUCUUCUCUCUCUGUCUCUCAUUACCUCGUUUCGCCUCUUCUCUCUCUGUCUCUCAUUACCUCGUUCGCGCCUCUUCUCUCUCUGUCUCUCAUUACCUCGUUUCGCCUCUUCUCUCUCUGUCUCUCAUUACCUCGUUUCGCCUCUUCUCUCUCUCUCUCAUAUUACCUCGUUUCGCCUCUUCUCUCUCUCUCUCUCAUUACCUCGUUUCGCCUCUUCUCUCUCUUUCUCUCACACUUACUAA